CAACUCUCACCUGGAAAAGCAACCAACUACAAUCAACAUUCUAUGGGAUAAUCGACAAGUGAGUAAAAUUAUAGCCGGACCUCUUAGUACAGUGUAUUUAAAAGGGGAAUAAUAUUCUAUCAAUAGGAAUAAAAAUAAGGUCAGCAGCCAUGACUUUUCCAUCAUUUUGAAUAUACCUUAUUUGUUUCGGGAUUAAUUGGGGGUCGGAAAUCCUCUUGAAUUCAGAAACGGGAACCGGAGGAAGGUGCCGGUCUUUCAGAAAGCUGUGAAAAAUACCAACAUUUCUGCUGCCAAGAGCUCAAUAAGAAGUUUCAAAAAUUGUCUUGGAUGUUGCAGCUGUGGCUGCUAAGUAAUAAGACAUCUAUUAGUAUCUAGAUUUGUUAGACCAUUUAACAUAGUGUUUUAAACGAUGGGGUUAAUAGAUGAGGGUUAAGAAGCUAGUUAUAUUACUGUUGCUGUAACGCCUUCAAUUGUCGGUUACAGAGCAAACAUUAUUGAAUGUUAAUGUAAAGAGUUUAUUUGUUUUCUAGUAAACAUAUAGCGAUUGGUUAGUAAUCACUAAUAGAAAUUUUUCAUAAGUAUCAAAAAAGUAAACCUCUUUUUCAGUCUAUGUAAUAAGUAAACCAAGGAAAGGGAAAAUAUCUACAAUCAACAAGCCAUUGUUGCAGCAACAAAGCAACUGAAACUACAAUCAACAUUCAAUAAACUUGGGUAAUUUGGAAUUUAAUUCUCUGGGACACCUGUGGAUUACAACAAUCAACUCGAAACUUAUUAUACAAUGUAAAUAAAAAUUGAUAUGCAUACAUGAAGAUCAAGUGAAAUUCCAUUUAAAAUCAAUUUUAUUCGAAUAUUAAGUUUUUUGCUUUAAUUUGUCUGAAAGUAAAUAGACAUUCCAAAUUUAAGUUAAUAAAUUAAUAAUGAAUUGACUAGUGAUUUUUAAGAGAAAAAGAUAAGAUUUAAAAAAGGAAAGCCUUUCUUGAUAAAUUUUUGAACCACUUUAUGCCGUUUCAAUCAUAAAAACUUUUAAGAACACAUGACUGGUGAAGGCUCAAAGCCUCUGUUUCAACGCGACGACAUCGUUGUAAACCCUGAUAAUGUUGUAAGUAAUGUUGGUGCUCAUUUUGAAACGCAGCCUAAAGAUCGAAGUAACAACAGUAAAGAGGAGGUUGAAAAUCAAUGGCGCAAAGAACGUCACAAAUCGACAGAUUCCAGCAGCCCAGAACGAUUUCGUAAGCAUCAUUCUAGUAACAAAAGUGAACAUUCAAACAGCGGUAACAAUAUUACAACACGACACACAAAAACGCACCACCCUUCACAAGAGAAUCUUAACACAGCUUCAAAACGCCGUGACUCUUCACCACCAACUAACCGACGGCACAGAACGCCAGAGAAAGUUCCCUACUUCAUAGACGAGAUUAGAGAACGCGACCGCAUUCGACGUAAAUAUGGAAAGAGAUCUACAAAAUCACCGUCACCCCCAGUUAUGUCAUCCAAGUUUCGUCGCAGGCGGAGUUACUCAAGAUCAAUCUCUCGUUCAAGGUCUCAUUCUCCCGCAAGAAGUAAAAAUCGUACACAUGUUUAUGGCUCACUUUCACGACGCUCGUCUUCAGUGGAUCGUUACAUAGGCGGUGGUAGGAAGCGGCGUCGAGAAAAUUUACGCACCGAAAGAGACCGGGAUGGACAAUAUCGACAUCAUGGACACAGAUCGGAAGAACAGGAACGCUCACGUCGUGGUCGCAGCCCACGAGCACGUACCAGAUCUCGAACACGUUCAAGAGAACGUUCAAAGCAUGUUCGUGCACGAAAUGACGAGCGUAAUAAAAAUCUCCACGGCAAUCAUGAUGAGUUGACAAAUGCCGAGCUAAAUCAAAGAAAUUUAACGCAACCGCAAAUAAUAACAAUACCUGUGCCAGUUCCAGCGGAUUUCUUGAAUUAUGCAUAUUCCACUUGGCCAACUCAAACACAAUGGUCUCAUCCAAUGACGCCGCCUCCGCGAUAUGGUGCUCCGGCGUAUCAUAUGCCAACCAUUUUACCCGCAACUGUUAUGCCGCCAAUGCGACCUGCGUUACCGCCUUACGGCUUACCUCCUCAGCCUAUGCGUUACGGUGGACGUGGAUUAAGAUUUCCUCAGCAACAUGGGCCACGUCCGUGGCGUCCUAAUUUUCGCCCAAAAACACACAAAUAGUGGCUGAUAAAUUUAGAUUAUAGCUCUAAUCAUAUGCCUAGAUAAUAUCUAAGUAGCAUGUUCUCAAGUAUUUUCAUAUAUUACCACAACAACUAUAAGCGUCGUGAAGUAAAAAAGAUGAUAGUUUUAAUA